UGAAUAAUUUAUUAAUUGUUCCUGAGCUAUAAAAAUGGUCAAGAAGACAAUAAUUGUGGCACUGGCGAUACUGCUGUUGGCGUCGGUUGCCACUUUUGUGGGUGUUUUCUUCGGUGUGGGGAGGAGGAAGCACCCAAGUGAACAAGUGUACUUGAAGGCAGCUGUGGCAGCAGAUGCUGGGCCGUGUUCAGAGGUCGGCAGAGACAUACUGAUGAAAGGCGGAUCUGCAGUGGAUGCCACUAUAGCUGCAUUACUGUGUGUUGGCCUCAUGAACGCUCACAGCAUGGGCAUUGGAGGAGGACUUUUCUUCACCAUCUACAACGCAACAACUGGUAAAGUUGAGACCAUUGAUGCCAGGGAAACUGCUCCACGCAAUGCAACAGAGAACAUGUUUGGGAACAGCACAGAUUUAUCCCAAAAAGGAGGUUUGUCUGUUGCUGUACCGGGGGAGAUUCGAGGUUACGAGAUGGCACACAGGCGACAUGGUAAACUGCCUUGGAAAGAUUUGUUCCAGCCAAGCAUUCAUCUUGCGGAAAAAGGUUUUCCUUUGGGCAGGGCACUUGCCACUGCUGUGUCCAGGCAGAAGAAAACCAUCAUCAAGGACAAAGCUCUAUGUGAAGUGUUUUGUGGGAAAAAUGGUGACGUCCUAAAAGAAAAUGAGACCAUUACAUUUACCAAGCUUGCAGAAACCUAUAAGAAAAUAGCUGAAGAGGGUCCGGAUGCUUUCUAUGACGGACCACUGGCUCAGAACCUUGUGACAGAUAUUCAGGCAGCAGGCGGUAUCAUCACAAUGGAGGAUCUGAAGGAUUAUAAGCCUCUCUUGGAUGAGAAUCCUUUAAGGGUGACUGUGGGGGAGUACAUCAUGGCUGUUCCCAAUGCCCCCGCUAGCGGCCCUGUGCUCUCACUGAUAUUAAACAUCUUGAAUGGGUACAACUUCACCUCAGAUAGUAUGGCAAGCACAGAGAAAAAGAUCCUAACCUACCAUCGCAUCGUGGAGGCCUUUCGUUUUGCUUAUGCAAAGAGGACCUUACUUGGAGAUCCGAGGUUUCUCAACAUCACAGAUCUCAUCCACAAUAUGACUUCGAGUUUCUAUGCCGAUGAGCUCCGUGGAAAGAUUACAGAUGAAACCACACAUCACAUGAACUACUAUGAGCCUGAGUUUUACCUGCCUGAAAACCACGGGACCGCACAUAUCUCUGUAGUAGCAGAGGACGGAAGCGCUGUGGCAGCCACCAGCACCAUCAACCAAUAUUUGGGCUCCAAAGUCAUGUCAAGAUCAACUGGGAUAAUUCUCAACAAUGAGAUGGACGACUUCAGCUCCCCGCUCAUCACAAACGGCUUUGGAGUGCCUCCUUCACCGAACAACUUCAUCAGGCCAGGGAAGAGGCCGAUGUCAUCUAUGUGUCCAACCAUCCUCUUUGAUAAAGAGAACAAAGUUAAGAUGGUGGUCGGAGGCUCAGGAGGGACGAAAAUCACUACUUCUAUCGCUCAGGUGAUCCUGAAUGCACUCUUCUUCAACUAUGAUCUGACUAAAGCCGUGUCAGAUCCAAGGCUCCACAACCAGCUGAGUCCCAACACCACCGUAGCCGAGCCUGACUUUGACAAAAACAUCCUGGACGGUUUGGCGUUAAAGAACCACGAGACGGAGUUGCUCAAAUCAACAGGAGCCGUGGUGCAGGCGGUGGUUCGUCAUGAUGACGGACUCCACGCUCAGUCAGAUCCUCGCAAGUGGGCGUACGCUGCAGGGUACUGAGGUCAUAAACACACCUCUGAUUAUGCAGAGAGACUGUAGCUGUGUGAACCUUGACUCCAGUGGUAGCUCAGAGAUUAGAGACUUAGUAAAGAACCAGGAACCAUCGUCAGCUGUCUCGGGCACCAACUGUUCUCUCAUUAAGUUAGAAUAAUGUUCACGUACUUCAUAACGUGCAACUGAGAUAAGAGAAAAUGGACCGAUUGCUUGUUAUUGACCUUGACAACAAAGUGCCUCAGUCUGAAAUUGUUUCGGAAUAUCAACUCGUGUGUCUGCUGUAUUUCUGUGUCACCACAUCUUUUUUAUGUAAUUAAGACAUGCACAAGACAUAGGGAAUUAUUUUGAAGUAUAGCUUUGCUGCCAUUCAAGUUUUUUCUAAGUUGAAAGUGAAAUAAGAAAACAGAGCUACCUGUUAAUGUUGAAAUCAUUACUCACUGCAGAAACAGUUUACACUGUGUUUAUGAUUUUUAUCUAUUUAUGAAGCACUUUUGUAAAUCAUCAGCUGCGUAAAGCUGUUUCCUAUUAUUGCUGACCAUUAAAAAUAAAAUAUG